AUGCCGAAAAACCAGGACAACUCGGACAAAUGCGAAAACAUUUUUGAUCGCAAUACUAAUACUAUUUAUCACUCAAAAUGGACAAAUGAAGGAACUACUUUCCCAGCUACUUAUUUGUUCAAUUUCUCUGAGACAGCAAAAUUCAAUUCAAUACAAUUUAAAAUGAGAUUUGCAAGAGACUGUUUUGGUCUCUUUGAAGUCUUAUGUGGAGAUGUAAAUAAGGAGUUCACAAAAACUCUUGAAGAGACGAAGAAUUCAACAAAAACUACAAGGACUUACACUUUCGAAGAAAUAUAUCAGUGCAAAUAUUUGAAAUAUGUAGUCAAAAAUAAUGCACAAAAUCAAAACUUCUUGGUAUUCCAAGAUCUCAAUUUGUUCCUUACACAAAAAUACAAAAAUUUGGCGAAACCGACGAGUAGGACGUUUAAUGUAAAUGGAUUCAAAGUAACCAAAAGAGCCGGACAUUUUGAAAAUAAACUAUUUGAAAAUAUCGAGGAGGGAAAAGGAGAAAUAUCUUUUAGAAUGAAAGGAAAACGGUUUGGUAUUUUUGGAGAUUACACUGAGGAUAUGGGGACUUGGGAAGUUCUCGUUGAUGGAAAAGAACCCCUGAUCACUCAAAGAAUGGAAUCGAAGAAAGAGUUGCCGAGAACUCUUUAUGACAUUUUUAUUUUUGAUGAAGGAGUCCAUGAAAUCAAGAUGAAAGUCGGGUCUGGAUUUGUAAAAGUCGAUGUAAUAGGAUUUGGCUAA